UUCUUUACAAGCUUGAGAAGAGAUUUUAGUCUUAUAAUAGUUAAUAAUUAAGAAACAAUUAGAGUCAUACAUGUACUACACAUAUUGCUAACUAUCCUAAACCAAAAGUGUUGUCAUUACUGCUUAAACAUACCAAUCAGUCUACAUUCUGUGAAUGCAUAUGAUGACUGAGCAGUUUAAUCCUCAAUUAUAAUCUCAUUUGUAAAGCUUUUGCUAUCCCAACUAAUACACACCUGUAAUAUUGUAUUUACACCAUACUAAAACAUUAUCUUUUUCAUCUGUUCAAUCAAAAUUUUAUCUAAUGCACAUUCCAAAAAGACAAACGUGCAAAAAUUUGAUCACAUCGUAUAAAAUUGCCAGAAAAAAGGUCAUUCCCAAAUCAUGCAAAACCAGCCUUCUUUCCUGCACAAAAAAAUGGAUUUUGCAACAGCGGUUGCAUGGGAAGCAGGGAAGCUGUUGGUGACGGAGAGGGUGAAGAUUGCUCCACCUAAGGCCAUGGAAAUGAGGAUAAAGGUCAAAUAUACCUCAGUUUAUCACACUGAACUCUACUUCUGCCGAAGGUUUGGGUUCCCCUCUCAAUGUAGCAAAACGAAAAAUUAUCCUCAGAUGUUGUUUAUUGGCCUCGCUGUUACUGAAGGUGGAAAAAUUCCUGAGGCGCUAGAGUAUUGGGGUGGAGUCGGUGGACUUGAAGCCCAAGAGGUUUGACGAAGUCUACAAUGUACAUACAGCUAAGGAAAAGACCGAGACAUCAACCAGUGCAGAAGCUCUUGAUAGGACUAAUUGCAGAUAGCACUACAAAUGAGCACUACAAUUUUAAGCUUGAUGUUGGUAUGUGAUUUCCACUCCAUCUCAUCUUUUUUUUUUUUAAUGUUAGUUUAAUUUUCAAAACUUUUGUACGUAUAAAGUAAUUCUCCAUAUAAUUGAAUAAUUGCCUUUUUUUCGUUUCUCAUUUUUGCUCUUCCAUCAAUUCAUUGGUUAAAUAGAUUGAAAAUUUUUAAUUUUUUUAUAUUCAAUUCUUACUGAUUCCAAUUCUUAAUAUAUGGUAAGAGAAAAAUUUUGGACAAAGCAAAAAAUAACAUGAUGACCAAGAAAAAGAUGGUCAUUCCCAAACAAGCAAGACCAAAGGAUUGACCAGGAAAAAUCAUAAACACUGAGCAGAUGUGUGGUGCCAAGCUUCUGAUAUGGACAUGAAUAUUUUUCGUA